AUGAGCAUAAAUCUUAAUUUAGGAACUCAUUCUAAAGCUCUUUUUUCAACAUAUCAAGCAGUACUUACAGGGGAUAAAAAUACAACUUGGGUUGUUUAUGGGUAUGAUAAAGGAGGAAAUGAUUUGAAGGUUAUAGAAACUGGAGGAGGUGAUCUUGAUGAGUUGCAAGAAGAAUUUGAUGACGGAAAGAUUCAGUACGCUUUUGUAAGAGUAAUAGAUCCUAAUACAGAGCUGCCCAAAUUAAUUCUUAUAGGAUGGUGUGGUGAAGGUGUGCCUGAAUCAAAGAAAGGUUUAUUUAAUUCGCAUUUUAAUGAUGUAACAAAAUUUUUAAAGGCUGAUGUUGAUCCUGCAUACAUUAUGAAACGUAUCAAUGAAAGUGGUGGAUCCAAAUAUUCAAUAAACAUUGAUAAACGUCCACCAAAAAAAGGAGAGCCUAUCUUACCAGUGCAUUCAGUCUAUCAACCUGAGAAAAUACCUGAUAUUACUGCUUUACAAAGAAAGGCGCCUCGAGAUGAAAUAAAACCUGUGUCUUCAGUAUAUCAACCAGUACAGCUUCCAAAGCCAAAACCUCUUGCUACACGUACAACUUGGACAACUACUGCAGAAGAAGAAAAAACCCCCAGUAUGUCAGAGCUUAAAGCUGAGAAGUUACGUGAGGAUCGCGAAAAAGAAGAACGCGAGAAACAUGAACAGCAAGAACGUGAGAGAUUAGCACAUGAAGAGCAUAAACUUCAUGAACGUCAAGAACGUGAAAGAUUAGCACAUAAAGAAGAAGAACAGAAACGACAACAAGAGGAGGAAAUUAGUAAUUUAAGGUUAGCUAAAGAAAAAGAGGACAUUGAAAGAGAAGAGAAUGAACACAAGGAAAGAUUAAGAAUUCAAAAAGAAUUAGAAGAGCAAGCAUUGAAGGAAAAACAGGAACAGGAACACCAAAGAAAAAAGGCUGAAGAAAUCUUUAGAAGGGAGGAACAGGAAAAUUCUCAAGCACCAAAAUCAGAAACAGUAACUGACAUUAUUGCUUCUGCUGAUGAGGAAGACAUUAAUUCAACAUCCUCAUUUAGAGCACGGGUUCUUUUUUCUUAUGAUGCAGAUGAUUCGAAUGAGAUGACACUAUUUGAAGGUGAAAUCAUUAAAGAUAUUCUUAAGUUAGAUGAAGGAUGGUGGCAAGGAGUAAGUGAAGAUGAAACUAGAUCAGGAUUAUUUCCAGCAAAUUAUGUUGAAAUUAUUGAGGAUGACCCAGAUCCUGUGCAAGAAUUCAUACAAAAACCAGAUGCAGAACAGCAAGAUGCUAUAGAUGAAAAUGGACAAAACGUACAAUCAUCUAUGUAUUCAGCAAUUGCGCAGUAUGUUUAUGAAGCGGGUGAAUCUAAUGAAAUCUCUUUUGUUGAAGGUGAUCUUAUUACUAAUAUUGAAUUUGUCUCUGAAGAUUGGUGGCAAGGUACUGCUUCAGAUGGAACAGUUGGAUUAUUUCCAGAAGUUGAUGAUGUGCUUGGUGGUGAAGAGGGCUGGAAGAAUGUAGACUCAACAGAAGCAAGAUGUCCAAAGUGUGAACAUCCGCGUGCUUAUUACAUGCAGAUUCAAACACGUUCAUCUGAUGAACCAAUGUCAAUAUUUUAUAAAUGUUGCAAUCAUGAUUGUGAAUAUCAAUGGAAUGAAAAAUAA